UUUUGCGCUUUACGCACGGCCGCCUCGUUUCCCGGAUCCGCCCGUGGGUCGUCGUCGCCGCGUUUCGAAGGGCUUUGAAUAUUUGGGGUGCGCUUUACGCACGGCGCAGUGAUCCAAGUCGCCCGGAUCCUCGAGCGCAUCAAAAGUAUCACAUCUCGCCUGUGCGCGUGCCCGUAAUAGACACACAGAUUGCCUCACACGUCCCGGAGGCUGGCGGCUCAGUCACUGGCUUUCGGUGCCACUCAUGUAUUUUUCUCCGUCUCUUCUGGGGGAUUUCGCCACUCUGGACGACAGCGUUGCCCUGGAAUGCUGCCUCUCUCGCCGCUCUUGCUCGUCGUGCUCCCCGCCGCGGUGCUGGUGGCCGCGCACGGCGCAGGGGACCUCCGGGGCUUCAGCUCCCCCGGUGGGAGCGCAGGCUUUGACCCAGACCCCUGCAUGCUGGUUUCUCCUCCAUGUAUGAGCGAGGCUGAUCGCUACAGCCUGGACGCCCUGCGGAGCAUCCACGAGAUGAUGGACGACGACCAGGACGGGGGGAUUGAGGUGGAAGAAAGCGUUGAGUUUAUUAUUGAAGACAUGAAGCAGCAGCAGACCAACAAGCACAGCAACCUGCACAGAGAAGACCAGCACAUCACAGUGGAGGAGCUGUGGAGGGGCUGGAAGUCAUCUGAAGUACAUAAUUGGACCCAGGAUGAGGUGCUGCGCUGGCUGAAAGAGUUCGUGGAGCUGCCACAGUAUGAGAGGAACUUUAAAGACUUUAGAGUCAACGGAAACACGCUCCCCAGGAUUGCGGCUAACGAGCAUUCGUUCCUGAGCGGGCAGCUGAAGGUGCAGGACCAGAGAGACAAACAGAAGCUCAACAUCAAAGCGCUGGAUGUGGUUCUGUUCGGACCGCCUACACGCAUGCCUCAUAACUACAUGAAGGACCUGCUCCUCAUUGUAUCUGUAGUGAUGGGAGUUGGAGGCUGCUGGUUUGCCCAGGCCCAGAGUAAAGCCAGUAAAAUCCACAUCGCCAGGAUGAUGAAGGACUUGGAGAGUCUGCAGAGGGCCGAGCAGAGCCUCAUAGAUCUUCAAGAGCAACUGGAGCAGGCCCAGGAGGAGAAGCGCAACGUCGCCGAGGAGAAGCAGAACCUGGAGGAGAAGAUGAGGGACGAGAUCAUGGACGCGCAGGAGGAGGCUCACCGGCUGCACGAGCUGCGUCAGGGAGCCGCGAGCGAGCUGAGCCGCCUCCGAUACGCGGAGGAGGAGCUGGAGCAGAUCCGCGGGGCGCUGAAGCAGGCGGAGAAGGAGAUGCAGGCCAGCUGGACGGCCUCGGAAGCGCUCCAGCAGUGGCUGCAGCUGACGCACGAGGUCGAGGUCCAGUACUACAACGUCAAGAAGCAGAGUGCCGAGCUCCAGCUGGCCGCCGCCAAGGAGGAGGCGGAGAGGAUCAAGAAGAAGAGGAGCUCUGUGCUGGGGACGCUCCACGUUGCCCACAGCUCCUCCCUGGACCAGGUUGACCACAAGAUCCUGGAGGCGAAGAACGCCCUGGCUGAGGUGACGGCCUGCCUGCGGGAGCGCCUCCAUCGCUGGCAGCAGAUUGAGCGCCUCUGCGGCUUCCCCAUCAUCAAGAACCCGGGCCUAGCCAACCUCACGGCCCAGCUCUACUCAGAGUCCAUCGCUAUGGGGUUUCCCAGGAUGCCCCAGUCGUCUUGUUUGUGCCACAGCUCGAUGCAUGGGUCCAUAGACGAUCUGUUAGAGGACUCUUCUUCUGCUCUAUUGCCACAGAUGCCAGUUCAACCAAUGAAACGCUCCCCGCGAACACGGGGAUCCAACCUAUGCCGCUCACGGCGCCAUGGUGCGAUCAACCAGCCGCCAGUCGCUUUAAUCUCGCCUGAUCCCGAUCUCCUGAUUCCCAUCCGGGCUCCCUACCAUCGCUUCGACGAGGAGGAGGGGAUCUUCCUGAAAACUAUAAAGAAACAAAAUUCCCAAGAGAAGUACUCAGACACAGAUUAUGUGACUUCACCUUCUCUCAGCAAAAUAUUCCCUAACUCAACUAUAGACAGCUCCCAUAGGAAGCUGUAUCACGAUGACAUUGACUUUAUGUCAGACAGCUCAAUUACAAAGCCUUUGACAAAGGAAGCAGAGUUACCCGUUCAUAAAACCUCCAUAGAAGAACUUGAAGCCUCUGUAGAUGUUUCCUGCAGGAAGAUGGCAAAGGACAAAUUGGAGACCUAUAAUCCAUCUUUGAAGAUGAUCAACAGAGACACACUGAUAGAGACGACAUCAAGGAGGAUACCCAGGACAGGGGAUCUGAUGGACAGUAAUAUAUACAGGGAGAGAAGCGAUUUGUCAUUGGAUGCAAGAAAGGUUUUUCGAAAUGAGUUAGACACAUCAGCUGAUGUGACACCUAGAAAGAUAUCCAGAGAAAUGAUGGGGACGUCAACUGACAGCACCUCGAAAAAAAUGUUGCAAGAUGAUGUUGAGCAUCUGUUUGACUCCGCCUCCAGAAGAAUCAUGAGAGAUUCAGUAGGAAUGUCCGGAGACACGGUUUCUAGAAGACUUCCUUGGAAUAAAGGCGAAUGUCAGCUUGACUCCUCUGUGAGAGCUUUGGCAAUGGACAAAAUGGUUGAUACUGCCCGAACACCACCGAGGAAGAUAUCCAGAGAUGAGCUAGAGUAUUGUUCAGACACAGCUUCUCUAAUAAUGCUACACAGAGAAACAGCCCAAGCGCUUAUGGAGGCUUCUCUGGAAAACCAAGAGCCGGGUUUAGAUGCAUCUGCAAAUAUGAAGGCAAUGAGGGAUGAGCUUGAGUUUCAACCUGGUUCUCUGAGGAGGAGAAUCCAAAGAACACCAAGAGAUGAUUUUGACAGUUCCACAGACAAUGUUAUGGGCAGAAUCCCCUCUGACAGAGUCCAUACGCAAAUGGAAAUGCCUAAACAAUCAGUACAGAGGGAAGAGCUGAGAGCAUCUGAACCAAGCGUGGCUCCAGGGCAAAUCGAACAGCCCGACCUCACGAUGACCUCCCAGGUGCCGUGGAAUGUGUCCUCAGAACCCUUCACCGUGGGGCCUUUAAGCCAGCUCGUGUACGAUGGAAUCCUUGAGAAGUCCUGCAGCUCCGUGGCUGCGACCUCACCCAAACUCUCUGCCUCCACACCGGCCCCGCCUCAGAGCAAGCCGCUAACGGAGCUGGAGCCACCGCCGCUGCCGCCGGGGAACGUCCUCCAUGAGACCGGGGAUGAGAAGGGCAAGGAAAAGGAGAAGGGCAAGAAAAGCUUGAAGCUGAAAAAUCUUUUUAAAAAGAAAAAUGAUCCAAGUCCAGAGAAACUUCAAGGUGGACUCUAAAAAGAUUUUUAUUUCAUUAAGUUAAGAUAAACUUUAUUCAUCCCACAGUGUGGAAAUUCAAUUGCCAGAGCAGCCACAAAGAGCAAGAUACAAAAACACUUAUUUCUGUACAACAUAAUUGUACAGAAUUAAAUUGCAUUUUUAAUAUUUAUUAAUCCAAAAAAGUUUGGGAACCAUAUUCCUGAAACAGAUUGGGGCCAUUAACACAUGAAUAAAUUUGAUGCAACCAUGCAAACCUUGAAGGCUUGUAUGAAUAUAGAAAAUCAGAAUCACUAGGCGUGAGCCCAGCUGAACCUCUCCUGUCCAGUUCUAUCAUCAGGACGUAUAAUCUCCAGUGGAGUUCCUCAGACUUGUAAACCGGAGCAAAUAGAGACCUUCCUAAGACUAAGACACAGUACAGAAUAUAUAAUGCUUCUGCAUCUAUGGGGUGAAAAGCAUAGUCUUACCUAGAUCUGACCACUUUCAGAGCCACUGAUGUCCAGCGUAUGAACAUAAUUGUAGAGAAAGAGAAGCAUGUAACAUCUUAAGUUCUCCAUAUAGGACAUUUUUAAGAGCAUUGUGACAAAUAUAUGAUAAUAUGUUUAAAAUAUAUGAUAAUCUGUUUAAAGUACAGAAGGUUUUACAUAAACAAGUAUCAUUAUAAUAUCAAUGACACUUGAUAGAAAUUUUUAUAUUUGAAAAUAAUUCAUGUUUCAAGUCUUAUGUACUGUAAAGCGUUAUUGGUAUUAGAUUAUUAAAUUAAAUUAAAUUUUAGAUGCUGAUUUUUUUCAUACUUCGCAAAUGACUGAUGGAUUAAAUUAUGUUUUCAUGGAGCUGACUCUUCUAUAGAAAUAAUACUCAGCAGGAAAGGUUUACCUGCAAAGUCCUCCUGAUACGGACAGUAGGAAAUAGAAAAUAGAAAUAGAAAAACAAUUUUGUACUAUAUUUUUAUAGUAGAUUUACUUCAGACAUCAUUUGUGAAAACAUUGUAAUUCCGUGAAUUUGCGUAUAUUUUCUUAGUCCUGUGCAUCGUUCGCCACCACUGUCAUAUGCACUUAUAAACAUUUAUACUUGUAAAAGCCACUAUUACAGGAUUGUACUUUAGUUUUUUCAGUGUAAAGUACAAAGGCAUCUUAACCAGAGAUAACUAGUUGUUUAUAUCAAAUGUCCUGAUCCUGAUUCUGUAGCUUGGCCUAAAUGAGAUUUUAUUUAAAGUGUUUGUUUGUUUGCAGAUUAUUUUAAUUGUUCCUUGAAUUAAGUUUUCUUUUUAUUUAUGCUUUGAAAGAUUUACACCACAUGAGCUUCAACGGUAGCAGAGCCUAUUGGUGUUAAUCAAUGCUGCAGUACAAGCACUGCAGCCACCAGAUGGUGUUAAUGUUACGUGUGGUUGGCGUGUGUCAAUUGUUUACCAGCACAAAGUCACUAUGCUGCAUUAGCUCGUAGCUUUACCUCUAUGUUCCUUGUGUCUUUCAGUGUCAAGUGCAUGAAAUACGUAAAUAAGAACAUGGGGGAAUAGAGUUUCUUUGUCAUACAGUUAUAGAAUUAGUAUUUCAGGCUGCAUGUUGUCACCUGUGAUGUCACCAAGUGUUGCUGGUCCUUUGGUGUCAGGCCUUUUGUGACAAUGGUGAAAUUCUUCUGCAAAAAUCAAUACUGACCUAUUUGAAACUUUAAUUAAAUAUGUUCCAAUAAUA